UUCCUCCGUCGUGGGUGUCGCCCCCCGAGGACGUGUCUGCAGCCCUUGGAGGUCUCGCUGUCGUGUCGUGCGCAGCCCAAGGCUCUCCCGACCCCAGUCUGUCGUGGAGCAGAGAAACCGCUUCAGGGGAAUGGGCACCAGUGGACCAAAUCAGAAGUUCAUCUGUGGAAGAAUUCGUCACGCAAUUUGAAGCCCGCGUUUCUCACCACAACCGCCUCCAGGCUUUAGGAGGUUUGCAGUUCGAAGAAAAUGAACCUGAUUUGGACGAUAAAUCUUCGUAUUCUGAAAGCCUGGGUCCCAUGGAGGGAGAAUCUCUACACGCGAACGGGCUCGGGAGUUUUGCGUUAGGCACUGUAGAUGCAGGUGGUGCAGGAUGUGGUUCGCUGCAGGUGGUGCAGGAUGUAAUUAGUUGCAGGUGGUGCAGGAUGCGGUUCGCUGCAGGUGGUGCAGGAUGCAAUUAG